AUGGCGCCCCGUGAUCGCCAUCCGCAAUUCAAUAUCCCCUCUGCAGAAUCCGAAACUGCACCAGAGGCCAAGGAGGAAACUGGAGAGUGGGAGAGAGCAUCUACCGUCAAGCCAGAUGAUGAUGCACGGCAACAGGCCGAGCAUGUCGGGAGCACAUUGCCUGAACAGAAAGCCGAAAAGGACACCGAAGACGAAUCCGAACCCCAAACUUUUGACAAGAUCGAAAUUACCGAAGAUGACUGCUAUAGCGAACUGGGUUACUCCUUUCCCGAAUGGAAGAAAUGGACAAUCCUCACCGUAAUUUUCCUGGUUCAACUGUCCAUGAACUUCAACACUAGCCUCUACUCCAACGGCCUGAAAGGUAUAUCGCAAGAAUUUCAUGUCAGUGAGCAAGCUGCACGAUGUGGUGCCAUGAUCUUUUUGGUGCUGUACGCCUUUGGCUGUGAGUUGUGGGCACCCUGGAGCGAGGAGCUUGGCCGAUGGCCUAUUCUUCAGCUCUCGUUGACUCUGGUCAAUAUUUGGCAACUCCCUGUCGCCUUGGCCCCUAACUUCGCAUCUAUCAUGGUUGGAAGAGCCCUCGGUGGUCUCAGUUCUGCUGGAGGUUCAGUGACGCUGGGAAUGAUCGCCGACAUGUGGGAUGCCGACAACCAGCAAUACGCUGUCGCCUAUGUGGUCUUCUCCUCUGUCUUCGGUUCCGUCCUUGGACCCAUAGUCGGUGGGUUUGUUGAACAAUACGUCAGCAGCUGGAGGUGGACGAUCUGGAUCCAGCUCAUUUUUGGAGGCUUCGUCCAAGCCUGCCAUUUCUUCUUGGUCCCAGAAACGCGGUCGACCAUCCUUAUGGAUCGCAUUGCAAAGAGAAGACGCAAGGUGAACGGUGAAAAUAUCUGGGGCCCGAACGAACUCGAGCCAUUCAGAGACCGCUUCUCGGUCAGAGAGAUCCUCAUCACCUGGAUCCGGCCAUUUAAGAUGUUCCUUACAGAACCCAUCGUGCUCACGCUAUCUCUCCUCAGCGGUUUCAGCGACGCACUCAUCUUCAUGUUCAUUCAAUCUUUCUCCCUGGUUUACGCUCAAUGGAACUUUGCAGUGUUUGCCGUUGGCUUGGCCUUCCUGCCUCUGGGGAUUGGAUACAUCAUUGCGUGGAUCUCGUUCAUUCCAGCCAUCAAGCGCAAUAUCCACGAGAGGCAGUCUAAACCCGGCAACGAGAAAGCCCAGUACGAGUCUCGACUCUGGUGGCUGCUCUGGACUGCCCCUUGCCUUCCAAUUGGUCUGUUCGGGUUUGCCUGGACCAUUCAGGGCCCUCCAAUUCACUGGAUCGGCUCUAUGAUCUUUGCUGCUCUUGUUGGUCUAGCAAAUUAUGCCAUCUACAUGGCUACCAUCGACUAUAUGAUUUGCGCUUAUGGUCCAUACUCUGCGUCUGCUACUGGCGGUAACGGAUGGUCGAGAGAUUUUCUUGCAGGCGUCCUCACCAUUCCGGCCACACCAUUCUUUACAAAUAUUGGAGGUCGCCGUCAUCUCAACUAUGCGUGCACCAUUCUUGCCUGCAUUGCCACCCUCCUCGUUCUUGCGGUCUACGUCAUAUACUACUACGGCCCUACCCUGCGAAAGCGAUCACCCUUCGCCCAGUCCCUCGCUGACGCGCGCGCCGAUAACCAAGGUCGCCGGCUCUCAUACUUGCCCUCUGCUUCUGGAACCACGGGCUCUAGGAGGCUGUCGAGGACGAGCACAGGCGCGUCGAGAGAAGUAAAUUCUAGAAGGACAAGUCAAGCCGAGUUUGUUCGACGGCAGAGUAUGCCGAGAAUGGGGAGCGGGAUGAUAAGAUAG